CUCCUCUUUUCUCCUUCCUCACUGCGCUCAGUCACAGACACCUCACACUGGAGCCUUUUUGCUUCUUGUUAGUGCAGAACAAUGUUUUUGUUUGUUUUUUACAGUGCAUGCAAAGUCAGUGGAUGCAUUUAAAGCGCAGAUGAGUUUUCAGCUGCAGGGACAUAUGGGUAUACUGGAGUAAAAAGUUGCGAGGAAGAAGAAAGAGGAGGAAGAGGAGGAGAGCUCUGCGGCUGGUUUCUUUCCCACACGGAGGUGGAGGUCCGAGGGUGGAGGAAGGGGAAGCUCGAUGCGGCUGACCGGAUCAGGGGACCCUGCUGCACCGGGAGCCAUGAGCAGCAGCGGGUCCGCUAACUUCCUGCUGGUGCCCAUCCCAGAGUACCCCCUGCUGGACUGCGUGCCCAACAAGACGGUGAAGAUUGUGGUGCUGGGAGCCAGCAACGUCGGCAAAACUGCUCUCAUCGUCAGGUUCCUCACAAAGCGCUUCAUCGGCGACUAUGAAGCCAACACCGGAGCGCUCUACUCCAGAAAGGUCACACUGGAUGGAGAGGAAGUGUCGCUUCAAAUCCAGGAUACACCCUGCGUGGCCCUGCAGGACGAUGCUGAAGGCCUCUACUGCCAGGAGCAGAUCAACAGAUCCAUCUACUGGGCUGACGGCUACGUGCUGGUCUUCUCCAUCACCGACCACAGCAGCUAUCGGACCAUCCAGCCUCUGUACCAGCACGUCAGACGCAUCCACCCGUCUGGAAACAUUCCUGUCAUGCUGAUAGGCAACAAGAGCGACCUGCUGAGAGCCCGACAAGUGCCGGCGGAUGAAGGCGAGACGUUAGCGUCCUCUCUAGGGGGCGUUUACUUCGAGGCCUCGGCCAGGGAGAACCAUGAUGGCGUCCACACCGCCUUCCUCCAUCUCUGUCAAGAGGUAUUCCGGGCGUUGGGGGGCGGCAACGGAGAGAAACGCAAAGGAGGCCUCCACCUGGCUCGGCCCAAGUCUCCCAACAUGCAGGAGCUGAAGAGGAGGUUCAGGCAGGUCCUCUCCUCCAAAGUCAAAUCAGCCACCAAUCUCUGAUGCCUCAUGAAUGCCAGCCAAGGAAAAGAAAAAAGGACCCAAGAGUUCCAUUGGGGAAUCAAAGCAAUUGACGGAAAAAGACUCUUUGAGCAUGAUAUGUCGGCGUCAGCCAGACAGAUACAUUUCUGGAAGCCAAGUUCUCCUCUGUGGGUUUUGGACGAAAGCUGUGGGUCGGGACCACCACAUUCCUGGGCAACAAAGUUAACAUGCCACUCAAAGUCAGCUGAGCAGUCACGGUACUUCACAUGUCUACUUUGAGUAUGUUUUUUUUGGACUUCUGUGGAACAAAUGAAGCUGUUUUUUGAAGCUAUUGCUGGUGUGUGUGACUGUGUGGUAAUUCCAUAUCUGGAUCAAAACAGGAAGUGACCCCCAAAGGGUCAUGACAUGGCAGGCAGGGAGAAAGUCUAGUAAAAACAAACCGAUGAAAAUCUGGAAUCAAGUUGGUAUUCUUGUGUUUAAACUGUCACGUUAAAGAAAACCGUUUAAAUUGAGAUCCCAGAGAAGCAUCAAUUCUUAAUGUGACAUUUCCAUUUCAACAGACUCAGCAAACAAAGCCUGGGUGUAGUUAACCUGAUGGUAAUUACAGUAGCUCACAAAGGUGAGUACAGUCAUCACUGUUUAACAAACAUUGCUUUGCAUUAUAUUUUGUCAAGGGACAAUACCAUAGAAAGUAAAUUUAAUGUAUACUUCAAAGUAAUCAGUAUGCAGCUUGUAUAGCAGUAUAGGUUUACUAAAAAUGAGUCAACUCACAUUGUCUAAACAGUUGGCAACACAAGUGCAAGAUAGUUGUGUCUCACCUACAG